CACCGCCAUCCCUGCGACCUUCUGUCUCUGGUCCCGGGACCCGGACUCCGCCACAGCCAGCCAGCAUGUCGGGGAUCAAGAAGCAGAAGACGGACAACCAACAGAAGUCCACCAAUGUAGUCUAUCAGGCCCACCAUGUGAGCAGAAAUAAGAGAGGACAGGUGGUUGGAACGAGGGGCGGAUUUCGAGGAUGUACAGUGUGGCUAACAGGUCUGUCUGGUGCUGGAAAAACAACGAUAAGUUUUGCUCUAGAAGAGUACCUUGUCUCCUAUGCCAUCCCUUGUUACUCUCUGGAUGGGGAUAACGUCCGUCGUGGCCUUAACAAAAAUCUUGGAUUCUCUCCUGGAGACCGAGAAGAAAACAUCCGCCGGAUUGCUGAGGUAGCCAAGCUGUUUGCUGACGCUGGUCUGGUCUGCAUUACCAGCUUCAUUUCUCCAUUUGCAAAGGAUCGCGAGAAUGCCCGAAAAAUCCAUGAGUCAGCAGGACUUCCAUUCUUUGAAAUCUUCGUAGAUGCACCUCUAAAUAUUUGUGAAAGCCGAGACGUAAAAGGUCUUUACAAACGGGCCAGAGCUGGCGAGAUUAAAGGAUUUACAGGUAUUGAUUCUGAUUAUGAGAAGCCUGAAACUCCUGAGUGUGUACUUAAAACCAACUUGUCUUCAGUCAGCGACUGUGUCCAGCAGGUGAUAGAGCUUCUGCAAGAGCAGAGCAUCGUACCUCAUACUGUCAUUAAAGGCAUCCACGAGCUCUUCGUGCCGGAAAACAAACUUGACCAAGUCCGAGCUGAGGCGGAGGCUCUCCCAUCACUAUCAAUUACCAAGGUGGACCUGCAGUGGGUCCAAAUUCUGAGCGAAGGCUGGGCCACCCCCCUCAGGGGCUUCAUGCGGGAGAAGGAGUACUUGCAAGUGCUACACUUCGACACUCUGCUAGAUGGUAUGUUUGCCCUUCCUGACGGAGUGAUCAACAUGAGUAUUCCCAUCGUACUGCCAAUCUCCGCCGAUGAUAAGGCACGACUGGGAGAGUGCCCUGAGUUUGUCCUGACCUACAAUGGCCGGAAGGUGGCUAUCUUACAAGACCCUGAAUUCUUUGAGCAUAGGAAAGAGGAGCGUUGUUCCCGUGUGUGGGGGACAGCAUCUGCAAAACACCCCCAUAUCAAAAUGGUGAUGGAAAGUGGGGAUUGGCUGGUUGGUGGAGACCUUCAGGUGCUGGAGAGAGUAAGGUGGAAUGAUGGGUUGGAUCAAUACCGCCUGACACCUCUGGAACUCAGACAGAAAUGUAAAGAAAUGAAUGCUGAUGCAGUGUUUGCAUUCCAGUUGCGCAAUCCCGUCCACAAUGGCCACGCUUUGUUGAUGCAGGACACUCGCCGCAGGCUCCUGGGGAGGGGCUACAAGCAACCCGUCCUCCUGCUCCACCCUCUUGGGGGCUGGACCAAGGAUGACGAUGUGCCUCUGGACUGGCGGAUGAAGCAGCAUGCAGCUGUGUUGGAGGAAGGGGUCCUGGAUCCCAAAUCAACCAUCGUUGCCAUCUUUCCAUCUCCCAUGUUGUAUGCUGGCCCCACAGAGGUCCAGUGGCACUGCAGGUGCCGGAUGAUUGCAGGGGCCAAUUUCUACAUUGUGGGCAGGGAUCCUGCAGGAAUGCCUCACCCUGAAACCAAGAAGGACCUGUAUGAACCCACCCACGGUGGUAUGGUGUUGAGCAUGGCCCCUGGCCUCACCUCUGUGGAAAUCAUUCCAUUCCGAGUGGCUGCCUACAAUAAAACCAAAAAAGCCAUGGACUUCUAUGAUCCAGCAAGGCACAACGAGUUUGACUUCAUCUCAGGAACUCGUAUGAGGAAGCUCGCCAGGGAAGGAGAAGAUCCCCCAGAUGGCUUCAUGGCCCCCAAAGCAUGGAAAGUCCUGACAGAUUAUUACAGAUCCCAGGAGAAGAUCAACUAAAUGCCCUUGGGCUCUAGAGUCUCUCUCUGAAGUGCUCUUUGAUUACUUUUUCUAUUCUUGUGAUUAGAUGCUUUGUAUCCAAUUGCUUCUCAAUGACUGAUUUUAAAGUUAGUAUUCUAUAAUGAAGUAAAAAUGUGCCUAUAAUUUAUAAACAACUUCAUUAUAUAUUUUAAAGUCAAACAGAAGACUAAAUCUUAGCAGGUAAAAGUAAUACUAUUAGACAUUUGAGAAUGAAAUUAGCUGUGUUCUCUACUGCAUCUGAGCAGGUAGAUCCCAGAUUUCUUAAAACUUUGACCAUGUGUCUAGUUUACUUGCCAAAAAGUGAAGCAUGUUUUCCAACUUAAUCUUUCUAACCUGCAAUCCCCCAUGUCACAUACCAGUAGGAAGAUAAAUCAGAUGAACAGCCCCUUUUAUACAACGACCA